AUGAGCUGGACUCCCCUCUUCCUCCUCCUCCUCCUCCUCGCUCUCUGCCCAGGGUCCAGGUCUCAGGCUGUGGUCACUCAGGAGCCCUCAGUGAGCGUGUCCCCAGGCCAGACGGUCACUCUCACCUGCAGCACUAACAGUGGAGAAGUCACCGGCAGUCACUACCCAUACUGGGUCCAGGAGAAGCCUGGCCAGGCCCCCAGGACACUCAUUUAUGACACAAACAACAAGCUCCCCUGGACCCCGGCCCGGUUCUCAGGCGCCAUCCAAGGGGGCAGAGCCGCCCUGACCCUGGCAGGGGCGCAGCCUGAGGACGAGGCCGAGUACCACUGUGCUCUGGCCUACAGCAGGCAUUCCCACGGUGCCAGGUGCAGGGGGGAAGUGA